AUAUUGGAUCCGGACUCGUCCGCGAGCCUCCGUCUGCGUGCGGCGGUGACCGGGGGGGCCUCGCGGAGCCCAGAGCGCGGGCGCGAGAGGAGAGGAAAGGCGGGGGAGGCUGAGAGGGAGAGGAAGGGAGUGGUUGCGAGCCGGGCUGCGGCAGCCUCUGGUCAUCUCACCAGCGGCAGCAACCCUCCUCCCGUGCCCGUGCCGCCUCCCUCUCUCCCAGGAAAGAUGCCCUUAACCCAGGGGUGUGAAGAAGGGGGAGAAGUCGCUGCUGGAACCGCCCGUGCCGCCGCCGCCGCCCGUGUCCUUUGAAUCCAGAAGAGCACCCCCGCCCCACCCCCCGCCGGGGGCGACGCGAGCCUCGGUGCGGGUGUGAGGGAGACCGGGCUCUGCGCCCGGCGCGGCCCACGAGCGACCACCGCCAUGGAACGGGCUGGGCCGACCGAGUAGCCGCCGCUCCCCGAGCUCGGGUGCCAGAGCCGCCCGCAGCCCGCCUUUCCCACCUCCGGCCGCGCCGCGGGGUCAGGCCGCUGGGAGAAGCCGGGAGAAAAAUGAAGAGUUUUCACCGGAAUCUGUCGGAAAUAGGACUAACUGCAAAGCCUUAAAAAAAAAAAAAAAAAAGAAGGAUUAACGAAAAGCCUCCUCCAGGCUGGACUUGGCGUGUUCGGAGGCGAGGGGUUGCCUUUGGGACCUCGCCCCCCUUCCUUUCCCGCUGGAGAAGUCGCCGCGGAUGCAUUAUCCAAGUGGUGGUUGAGCGCAUUUGCAGCAGAAUUUUUGUUUUUUCCCUCCCCCUACUAUACAUUCUGCUUUUCUCCCAUCUCCUGUUUCUCACCCCCCCUUUUUUCCCUGGGAAGUGAAUUGCUGAUGCAAAUGGGACUUUAUUCAUUAAUGAUGCAACCGGAUUCGUUUCAGGAUUAUGUUGCACGAGUUGAAUUUUGAAUGAAGGAGAAGAGUUUUUUUUUUUUUUUAAAGAAGUGUUGAUUCUUUAUUCAAUCUUUUAAUUAUUUUAUUUAAAUAGACGAUUUAUCUGUAUUCUUUAAAGAUGUAUUAAAUAUUUUAUGGCAGCCCUCCAAAUAGAUGUAUAUGGGUGAAAUUGAAGACGCUUCAGUUAAGUGAGGUUCCGGUGUGUUGGAUGUUUAAUUCAACACCGGCAUUGCAUGACAGUUGUUUGAAUAACAAGUGGUUUGUUGUUUUUUAAAAACCACACCUCUUCAAAUUUAGGCACAAAUAGUAACAGUCAAAAGGCAGCCUACGAUUUGGAGGGCAGACCUGCAGAAAUUGAAGCCAACAUGUCUGGCGAAGUGCGUUUGAGGCAGUUGGAGCAGUUUAUUUUGGAUGGGCCGGCUCAGACCAAUGGGCAGUGCUUCAGCGUGGAGACCUUGCUGGAUAUACUCAUCUGCCUGUAUGAUGAAUGCAAUAAUUCUCCACUGAGAAGAGAGAAGAACAUUCUUGAAUACUUAGAAUGGGCUAAGCCAUUUACUUCUAAAGUCAAACAAAUGCGAUUACAUAGAGAAGACUUUGAAAUAUUAAAGGUGAUUGGUCGAGGAGCUUUUGGGGAGGUUGCUGUAGUAAAACUAAAAAAUGCGGAUAAGGUAUUUGCCAUGAAAAUACUGAAUAAAUGGGAAAUGUUGAAACGAGCUGAGACAGCAUGUUUUCGUGAAGAAAGGGAUGUAUUAGUGAAUGGAGAUAAUAAAUGGAUUACAACCUUGCACUAUGCUUUCCAAGAUGACAAUAAUUUAUACCUGGUAAUGGAUUACUAUGUUGGUGGGGAUUUGUUAACUUUGCUCAGCAAAUUUGAAGAUAGAUUGCCUGAAGAUAUGGCUCGAUUUUACUUGGCUGAGAUGGUAAUAGCAAUAGAUUCAGUUCAUCAACUACAUUAUGUGCACAGGGACAUCAAACCUGACAAUAUAUUGAUGGAUAUGAAUGGGCAUAUUCGAUUAGCAGAUUUUGGUUCUUGUCUGAAGCUAAUGGAAGAUGGAACGGUUCAGUCCUCAGUGGCUGUUGGAACCCCAGAUUAUAUCUCUCCUGAAAUUCUUCAAGCAAUGGAAGAUGGAAAAGGCAGAUACGGACCUGAAUGUGACUGGUGGUCUUUGGGUGUCUGUAUGUAUGAAAUGCUAUAUGGAGAAACACCAUUUUAUGCAGAAUCUCUGGUGGAGACAUAUGGAAAAAUCAUGAAUCAUAAAGAGAGGUUUCAGUUUCCAGCCCAAGUGACAGAUGUGUCUGAAAAUGCUAAAGAUCUCAUUCGAAGGCUCAUUUGUAGUAGAGAACACCGGCUUGGUCAAAAUGGAAUAGAAGACUUUAAGAAACAUCCAUUUUUUAGUGGAAUUGAUUGGGAUAAUAUUCGAAACUGUGAAGCACCAUAUAUUCCAGAAGUUAGUAGCCCAACAGAUACAUCAAAUUUUGAUGUAGAUGAUGAUUGUUUAAAAAAUUCUGAAACAAUGCCCCCACCAACACACACUGCAUUUUCUGGCCACCAUCUACCAUUUGUUGGUUUUACAUAUACUAGUAGCUGUGUCCUUUCUGAUCGGAGCUGUUUAAGGGUAACAGCUGGUCCCACGUCACUGGAUCUUGAUGCUAAUGUUCAAAGAACUUUAGAUAACAACUUAGCCACUGAAGCUUAUGAAAGAAGAAUUAAACGCCUUGAACAGGAAAAACUUGAACUCAGUAGAAAGCUUCAAGAGUCAACACAGACUGUCCAGGCUCUGCAGUAUUCAACUGUUGAUGGUCCUUUAACAGCAAGUAAAGAUUUAGAAAUAAAAACUUUAAAAGAAGAAAUUGAGAAACUAAGGAAACAAAUAACAGAGUCAAGUCAUUUGGAACAGCAGCUUCAAGAAGCGAAUUCUGUGAGGCAAGAACUAGAUGAUGCUUUUAGACAAAUCAAGGCUUAUGAAAAACAGAUCAAAACGUUACAGCAAGAAAGGGAAGACUUAAAUAAGGAACUAGUCCAGGCUAGUGAGCGAUUAAAAAACCAGUCCAAAGAGCUGAAAGAUGCACACUGUCAGAGGAAACUGGCCAUGCAGGAAUUCAUGGAGAUCAAUGAGCGACUAACAGAAUUGCACACCCAAAAACAGAAACUUGCUCGCCAUGUCCGAGAUAAGGAAGAAGAGGUGGACCUGGUGGUGCAAAAAGUUGAAAGCUUAAGGCAAGAACUGCGCAGAACAGAAAGAGCCAAAAAAGAGUUGGAAGUUCAUACAGAAGCUUUGGCUGCAGAAGCAUCUAAAGAUAGGAAACUACGUGAACAGAGUGAGCACUAUUCUAAGCAACUGGAAAAUGAAUUGGAGGGACUAAAGCAAAAGCAAAUUAGUUAUUCACCAGGAAUAUGCAGUAUAGAGCAUCAGCAAGAGAUAACAAAACUAAAGACUGAUUUGGAAAAGAAAAGUAUCUUUUAUGAAGAAGAAUUAACAAAAAGAGAAGGGCUACAUGCAAAUGAAAUAAAAAAUCUGAAGAAAGAACUGCAUGAUUCAGAAGGCCAGCAACUUGCUCUCAAUAAAGAAAUUAUGAUUUUAAAAGACAAAUUGGAAAAAACCAGAAGAGAAAGCCAAAGUGAAAGGGAAGAAUUUGAAAAUGAGUUCAAGCAGCAGUAUGAACGAGAAAAAGUGUUGUUAACCGAAGAAAAUAAAAAGUUGACAAGUGAACUUGAUAAGCUUACCACUUUGUAUGAGAAUUUAAGUAUGCGCAACCAGCAGUUAGAGGAAGAGGUAAAAGAUCUAGCAGACAAAAAAGAAUCAGUUGCUCAUUGGGAAGCUCAAAUCACAGAAAUAAUUCAGUGGGUCAGUGAUGAGAAAGAUGCACGUGGAUACCUCCAAGCCUUAGCUUCAAAAAUGACUGAAGAAUUGGAAGCAUUAAGAAAUUCCAGUUUGGGUACACGAGCAACCGACAUGCCCUGGAAGAUGCGUCGUUUUGCAAAACUGGAUAUGUCAGCUAGAUUGGAGUUACAGUCGGCCCUGGAUGCUGAAAUAAGGGCCAAACAAGCCAUCCAAGAAGAACUGAAUAAAGUUAAAGCAUCUAGCAUCAUCACUGAAUGUAAACUAAAAGAUUCAGAAAAGAAGAACUUGGAACUGCUGUCAGAAAUUGAACAGUUGAUAAAGGAUACUGAAGAGCUUAGAUCUGAAAAGGGUAUAGAGCACCAAGACUCACAGCAUUCUUUCUUGGCAUUUUUGAAUACGCCUACCGAUGCUCUGGAUCAAUUUGAACGCUCUCCAUCCUGUACUCCAGCUAGCAAAGGCAAACGUACUGUAGACUCUACUCCACUGCCAGUUCAUACACCAACCUUAAGAAAAAAGACAUGUCCUGGUUCAACUGGUGUCCCACCAAAGCGCAAGACUCACCAGUUCUUUGUAAAAUCUUUCACUACUCCUACCAAAUGUCAUCAGUGUACCUCUUUGAUGGUGGGUUUGAUCAGACAGGGCUGUUCAUGCGAAGUGUGUGGAUUCUCAUGUCAUAUAACUUGUGUGAACAAAGCUCCAACAACUUGUCCAGUUCCUCCUGAACAAACAAAAGGUCCUCUGGGGAUAGAUCCACAGAAAGGAAUAGGAACAGCAUAUGAGGGCCAUGUCAGGAUUCCUAAGCCAGCUGGAGUGAAGAAAGGAUGGCAAAGAGCAUUGGCUGUGGUUUGUGACUUCAAACUCUUUCUGUAUGAUAUUGCUGAAGGAAAAGCGUCUCAGCCCACAGUUGUCAUUAGUCAAGUCAUUGACAUGAGGGAUGAAGAAUUUUCUGUGAGCUCAGUCUUGGCUUCUGAUGUUAUUCAUGCAAGUCGAAAAGACAUUCCUUGUAUUUUUAGAGUCACAGCUUCCCAGCUUUCAGCAUCUAAUAACAAAUGUUCAAUCCUGAUGCUAGCAGAUAGUGAAAAUGAGAAGAGUAAGUGGGUGGGAGUGUUGAGUGAACUGCAUAAGAUUUUGAAGAAGAACAAAUUCCGAGAUCGGUCAGUCUAUGUUCCUAAAGAGGCAUAUGACAGCACUCUACCCCUCAUUAAAACAACCCAAGCAGCUGCAAUUAUAGAUCAUGAAAGGAUAGCUUUGGGAAAUGAAGAAGGGCUGUUUGUUGUACAUGUCACCAAAGAUGAAAUUAUUCGAGUUGGUGACAAUAAGAAGAUUCAUCAGAUUGAAAUCAUUCCAAAUGAUCAGCUUGUUGCUGUGAUCUCAGGACGAAAUCGUCAUGUUCGACUUUUUCCUAUGUCAGCAUUGGAUGGGCGAGAGACAGAGUUUUACAAACUGGCAGAAACUAAAGGGUGUCAAACUAUAACUUCUGGAAAAGUGCGCCAUGGCGCUGUCACGUGCCUGUGUGUGGCCAUGAAAAGACAGGUCUUCUGUUAUGAACUAUUUCAGAGCAAGACCCGUCACAGAAAAUUUAAAGAAAUUCAAGUCCCAUAUAAUGUCCAGUGGAUGGCAAUCUUCAGUGAACAACUGUGUGUGGGAUUCCAGUCAGGAUUUCUACGAUACCCCUUGAGUGGAGAAGGAAAUCCGUGUAGCAUGCUUCAUUCAAAUGACCAUACACUAUCAUUUAUUGCACAUCAGCCAAUGGAUGCCAUCUGUGCAGUUGAGAUCUCCAGUAAAGAAUAUCUGCUGUGUUUUAACAGCAUUGGAAUAUACACGGAUUGUCAGGGUCGGAGAUCCAGACAACAGGAAUUGAUGUGGCCAGCAAAUCCUUCCUCUUGUUGUUACAAUGCACCAUAUCUCUCAGUAUACAGUGAAAAUGCAGUCGAUAUCUUUGAUGUGAACUCCAUGGAGUGGAUUCAGACUCUUCCUCUUAAAAAGGUUCGACCCUUAAACAGUGAAGGAUCAUUAAAUCUUUUAGGAUUGGAGACAGUAAGAUUAAUAUAUUUCAAAAAUAAGAUGGCAGAAGGAGAUGAACUGGUAGUUCCUGAAACAUCAGAUAACAGUAGAAAACAAAUGGUUAGAAAUAUUAACAAUAAACGCCGUUACUCCUUCAGAGUCCCAGAAGAGGAGAGGAUGCAACAGAGGAGGGAGAUGCUACGAGAUCCAGAAAUGAGAAAUAAGUUAAUUUCUAACCCAACUAAUUUUAAUCACAUAGCACACAUGGGUCCUGGAGAUGGAAUCCAGAUCCUAAAAGACCUUCCCAUGAACCCUCGGCCUCAGGAAAAUCGGGCAGUAUUCAGUGGCUCAGUCAGUAUUCCGUCUAUCACCAAGUCCCGCCCUGAGCCAGGUCGUUCCAUGAGUGCGAGUAGUGGCCUCUCAGCAAGGUCAUCUGCUCAGAACGGCAGUGCAUUAAAGCGGGAAUUCUCUGGCGGAAGCUACAACGCAAAGCGACAGCCCAUGCCAUCCCCAUCAGAGGGCUCUCUGUCUUCCGGAGGCAUGGACCAAGGAAGUGACACACCAGCAAGGGACUAUGAUGGAGAGGACUCUGAUUCUCCAAGGCAUUCCACAGCUUCCAACAGUUCCAACCUAAGCAGCCCCCCAAGCCCAGUUUCACCCCGAAAGACCAAGAGCCUGUCUCUGGAGAGCACCGACCGUGGGAGCUGGGACCCGUGAGCUGCUUUAGCACUUGGACCAGGGUGGCUCUGGCUGCCGGCUCCUCUCCACUCAGCUCUUCUCCUUUUCGUUUCUUCUCUCCACCUUGGCCUAAAGCCCGAAAAUGACCAGGGAUGGGUGGCAGUAGCAGGGUAGGGACUCGGGUUCUGGCAACACGCCUCACAGAUCCAUACCCCAGCCUAACAGCAGCAACAAAAGCAGACUUUCUUUAAGCAGCUUAGAUCAAUAUUGUUUCAUUCCAUUCAUUCCCUUAGAGUUGCUUUCAGUAAUAUUUUACCUUUCCCUCAAAAGGUAGCUUAAAUAGACAGAUCACACAAGUGUAAAUGAUAAGAAUAAGAUUAGACAGGUUUUGUUUCACAGUAGAGCCUCACUUUAGUCCUGAGACAACCCAUGGAUUUCUCGGCGCCCUAAGGGCGGACCAUCCCUGGGACGGCACUGUGUGUCACCUGAGUGUUGCCGGGAAGUCCUUAUGAAUUAAAACAAUGCAUAUUUUACUACAGUACAGAGUUUAAAUAAAUACAUAAAUGUAGAAGUUAAAUACUGAAUGUAUAUAGCAAAAGAAGCAUCUUGUAUUCAAUGAAAGAUGGUGCAUAUAUGAGAAAGAGAUCAUUAAUUUAAAAAAAAAUGUGUUCCUUAUCUGUUUCCCAGCUUAGUAAGGUCAAGGGUCGCAGGGCCUUAGCUGGUGCUGAUAGAGGGAGAAGAAAGAAUGCAGUCUGCUUAGUGCCCUGGUCUCCACCCUCGGCAUGUUGAGGUGCCGGAAGCCUGCGGACUUGGGGUUCUCUGGUUUACAGGCCCACCCAGGAACCAAAGUUUGAAUGUGUUAAAGCCACAUCAAUAGUGGCAUCUAAAGGUAAACUCACCUGUACCCAAGACAUUUCUUUUUCUGGUGGGAAGAAUUUGAACCACAUUUCUUGUUUCUUACUACAUUAUAUCCUGUGCAAAUGAAUGUAAAAAUACGAUCCUGUCACCUUCUGAUCCAGUCUGUUUCACAGUCUACAGAUUGUCACAGCUUCUGAAGGCCCUUUAAAAGAUCCAAGUGCUUUUUUCCUGGGCUAACCCCGUACCUCCCAGUUUACAGUGAGGUGGCCAUUUGGAGGCUUAGAGUAGGCUUCCAAGGAGCAGCCUGCUUGGUUGAGAGUGGCUGUGCGCCUCCUCACAAAAGCCUGGGAAAAGGGGGCUUUCGGUACCAAAUAAUAUAAAACCUCAAAAGCAUGGACUUGAACAGCCUUAACCAAAUAUUCCUUCCCGCAGCCACUGGAGAAUGGAUGUGACUGGCCCCAGUGCACUGGCAGGGAGUUAGCCCAGCAUGGCCAUUUUGAUUGGAUUCUUCCUAGGUCACUGUAAUUCCAUUUGAAUUCCUACUGUUUUAAUUGCCAUAAGGAAAUGAGAUGCAGAGCCAGAAGUACUUAUUCCUAUAGUCAUUUCACCAGUUAAACACAUGAGUAGAACAAGAAAAAAUAAAAUUUAUCUCAUGGAAGUAAAGAGAAUCUGUCUUUUGCUUUUCAUCUGUUUUCCCCCAAAAAUGGAAACCAUGUUUUCUCCUUUUGCCUUUAAAUUGAGCUACAAUCAUAAUACUUCUGUGUUUGUCCCCUUGCUGUCAGUGUCCAAGCCCUGUCAUCUCCCUUCCUGCCCCUGGCCUGCAUUAGUUAGCAAGCCUGCCACACUGCAGGACCUGAGCCCAUACCCAGCUUCCUGCUACUUCACGGAGGUCACUGAGCUCUGGG